AUGGCAGUUUCGGUGUUCAGUGUUAUCAGAAAGAUUGAAGACUUACUAAUGGAAGAACCGGAAGUCUUGAAGGGAAUAAGAGAGGAUUUUGAUCGGAUGGGAAGCGCUCUCAGGUCAAUGAAGAGCUUCUUAAUAGGUAUUGGUUUAAGAGAAAAUAAGUUCACCAUAAGAUUCUGGGUUGCAGAAAUCAAAGAUGUGGUCUAUGAUGCUGAGGAUGUCAUUCAUACUUUUCUUCGCAAAACUACAGUUUGUUUUCUGGAAGAAAGAUGGAUAAUUCGAAAAACCAAGUCAAAGAUAUCAGAAAUCAUAGACAAAAUCACUUAUUUGACUAGAAAAUUGGAAGAAAUUGGCGUAGAAGAGUCCAUAGGUGGAGAAAGCCAGAGGCAACAAUUAAGUCACUAUUACCAUCCUAUUGUUGGGAUGGAUGACCAAAUCGCAGAUUUAGUCUCCACUCUGUUGCAAGACUAUAGAGAUUUCCGAGUCAUUUCGAUUUGUGGAAUGGUUGGUUCGGGAAAAACCACCCUUGCUAAGGCAGUGUACAAUCACAAGCAAGUAAGGUAUAAUUUCGUCGGUCAUGCUUGGGUUUAUGUUUCUUAUCCAUGGAAAAGGAACAAAAUCUGGGAAGACAUUUGUUAUGGGCUUGGUAUUUUUGGUGUGAAAGAUAGCAAGUACAGUGACGAAGAGUUAGCAAAGAAGUUGUACAAAUUCUUGAAAGACAAUACAUGUAUAGUUGUUCUUGAUGAUAUCAGGACUGUUGAGGUUUGGGAUAGUAUAAAACCUGCAUUUCCAGUCAAUUGUGAGACACAAAGUCUUAGCAAGAUAUUGAUCACUUCCAGCAACUGGGAGCUAUCUGCUCAUGCAGCUCGGGUAGGAUAUCUGUAUGACAUGAAGAUGUUAACAUACAAGCAGAGCAUCAAUAUUCUUCGUAAUAUUGCAUUCUCUGAAACAGAUUCUGGAGAGCAGUAUUCUGCAAAGAAAAAAUUAGCGGUGGAGAUACUUGGAUAUUGUUGCAGGUUGCCAUCGGCCAUUGUGGUGAUGGGAGGAAUUUUAGCUACAAAAAGAUCAACAGAAGAAUGGGAAAUGUUGCUUAAUCAUGUGAAAUCCAACUUAUCAAGUAUAUCUCUACCGGCUAUAUUGGCUUUGGCUUAUGAUGAUUUGCCAUACCAUUUAAAGCCAUGUUUCUUGUACUUGAAUCAGUUUCCAGAGGGUUACAUGAUAUCGAUCGGCAAAUUGAUUCAACUAUGGGUUGCAGAAGGCAUUUUGAGUAAUGAUAAAGGGGAAUCAAUCGAAGAUAUUGCAGAAUCCUACAUAAUAGAGCUUGCCAAAAGAUGCAUGGUUCAAGUGGGAGAAGGAGAGGUAAACAUGAAAUUCAAAACAUGUUACCUACAUGAUGUCUACAGAGAUUUAUGCUUGUCAAAGGCUAGUCAAGAAGAGUUCGCAUUGAUUCCUGAAAACCCUUUUUCCCUUCCAUACAUGAUGGUUUCUCGUAGAGUUCGGAGAGUUGCGAUGCAUGAAUAUAUUCCUAUACAGUCCUUGAGAAAUCUCAAGCUCACGUCUCUAUUGUUCUUCAAUAAGCUUUAUCCAGAAGAACCGUCUAUCAGUAUUUCUCUACAGGAAACCGCUGAAAUUUACUUAAGAGAAGAUAAGAGAUGGAUCUCAACGCUUUGGAUAUUGUUUAAACUUAUGUGGAGAUUUCGAAGGAUAUUGAAUUAUCUUUUCAAUAACUUCAAGUUGCUUAGAAUCCUUGAUCUCGAAGGGGCUGAAAUUUAUAUGGAAGGGGAGUUUCUCAGGGAUAUUGGUAAGCUCAUCAGGUUGAGAUACUUAAGUCUAAAGGGAACUACUUGCUUCUCGAAGCUAUCGCGGAGUAUAGGCAAUUUGAAGAGGUUGCAGACAUUGGAUUUACGAAUGAAUGAAGAGUUUCCGGUCCAAAUACCAAAUGUGAUCUGCAAGAUGGAAAUGUUAAUGUAUUUAUAUCUUCCAAUGGUGUGUGAUAGUAAAACCAAACUGAGGUUGAAUACUUUGAGAAACUUAAGGACACUUGAGAACUUCAACUCCAAGAAUUGUUAUGUAGAAGAUCUUGGUUGCAUGACAAAUCUUAUGGAGUUGGGCAUAACAAGGUUUUUUUGUAGAGAUGAUUGCGAGGUGAACUCGGGUUCCAAUCCCCCGGUCAUCAUUGCGAGUGAACAUCUUCGAUCCUUGUCUGUUUCUCGUCCCGAAAACAUCGAUUUCAAUCUUUUGGCAUACCUAAUUUCGACCUGUGUUCAUGUAUCUGAGUUGAGUUUAACUUGUUCCAUAGGUGAGUUCUUACCAGCAUGCCAAUUUCCGUACCAAAUCACUUUCAUGUCCUUGAGUGAGACCGAGCUUAGGACAGAUCCAAUGCCAACUCUAGGGAAACUACCCAACUUAAAGAUUCUUGAACUGCAAAAGGCCGCGUUCAUUGGAGAGGAAUUUCACUGUUCUACAGAAGGUUUUCCUGAACUAUACUCCCUGAAACUUAGUUCCAUUUCUACGGUAAAACACUGGAUCGUUGAUAACUCUAGCAUGCCUAAACUUCGUCAUUUGGAUAUCAUCGAUUGCAAAAGCUUAGAGAUGUUACCAGUUGGAUUGAUGUUCAUUACAACACUUGAAGAACUCAAGAUUGAACUGAUGCCAAAAGCUUUCAAGGAUAGAUUGUGUGAAGGAGACCAGUUCAACAAAAUCAAACAUGUAGUCAUCUUUCAAAACUGUUACUAG